UCUAAUUAUUUCCCGCCAUAAUUUAAAAAGAUCGGUCGAUGUCGGGUAAGUCCGUGACUUUCGGAAAAAAUAUUGAAAUUUAUUUGCGUUACAUAUUUUUAUAUAUAUUGUGUAAAAUCUGUCAUUAUUUGAAGUAAUACGAAUAUCUUUAGCGCAAAUUUCUCAAUAUAUUAAAGAUUUAAAAAAAAAUAUGAAAAAAAUCAACCGGAAGUAACUAGUUUCCGCGACCAACGUUCUAUCGAAAACAAUGGAAAGAAAUAAGAAAGGCCGAUUCACAAAAAGAAAUUACACAGCAUGGCGGCAGAAGAAAGUGCAAAACGAUCACGAUUAUUGUGUUAAGUCUGAUUCUAAGCCAGAUAUUAAAUGUGUUGAAGGAGAAUCUUGGAAAGUUGGAAGAAGAUUGGUGGAAUGGGAGGUUCUGUUUGAAAAUUUACGGUACUGUAAAAACUGUCGCCUAGGGCCAGUAACAUUGUCAGUCAACACAAUAAGAGGCGAACUUCAAAAAGGUCUGUCGGGUUAUUUGUACGUCGAGUGUCAAAAUUGCUGUUUUGUGAAUUCUGCAGCCUAUGGAAAAACACAUAGAACAUCCAAGAAUCAAGGAAUGCCAUGCUUUGCUGUGAACACCAAGCUUGGAACAGCCAUGAUUGAUAGUCUAGGUGGACCAAGGCGUGUUAACAACAUGUUGGCAACAUUGAAUCUGAAAACAGUCUCUGAGACUAAUUUGAAAAAGAUGGAAAAGAGGGCAGGUGUUGUGUUAGAGAAAGUUUCAACAGAGUCGGCCAACGCUGCAGCUGAUGAGGCAUUUAGGCUUGAAAUGGAGUCUGUCGCUGAGAAGGAGUCACUUGAAGUACAGGCCAGCAUGAGUGGUUUGGUGGAAGAAUUGGGUGUCUGUCCAAUGCCAGAUUCAUCCCCUGCACUGAUGAUGUCGUUUCAUGAUAACAUGAAUGCAAAUGAAGAUGAUACCGAUGAUGAAAGUAGACCAAGUGAGGAGGAUGACUUGAACUGUACAGGAAAUGAUGUCAGUCUCUCUGUUGAGACCCCAUUAUCAUGUAAUGCUUUCAGAACACCUACAGAUACCAGAAAGCCACUGCCAGUCCCAGUUCUGACUCCUCAAUCUGAUAGGAAAACAGAUCAACAAAUAAAGAAAGCAAAAGUAAGACUACUUCCAAAAUUCCCUUGUCAGACAAGAAGUGGAAUGUCUGUUGCUGUUGACACGGCCUGGCACAAGCGAGGAUUUGAUUCUCUAACCUCUCACACUUUUUUCAUGACCACUGGGAAAUCCAGACAGCCAAAGAAAGUUGUUAAAACAAUAGUUAGCCAUCGGACCUGUGGUGUUUGCAAUUGGUGGAGACGCAAAAGGCCGGGCCAGAAAGUACGUCCUCAUGCAUGUGUCAGAAAUCAUAGGGGCAGUGCAAGAGCUAUGGAAGCAACAAGUGGUGUGAAAGGGGUUAAGGAACUUUUAGCUGAAGGUAUUCCAGUGGAAUACUUGGAAGGUGAUGGUGACAACACCCUUAUUUCUAGAUUAAAAACUGACCUUGGUGUUUCAAUGAAGAAACGUUUUGACAAGAAUCAUGUUGUAAAAAACUUUACAAAAGGUUUAUAUAAACUGAAAAGUGAAAAAGGUGUGAAACUUAGCAAAACUGUAAUUUCUCAUUUAGAAAAAUGUUUGAAAUAUACAUUUUCAAAAAAUCAAGGCGAUCAAAUUGGAAUGGAAGAAAACCUAAAAGCUAUAGUUCCACAUCAGUUUGGUGAUCAUAGUUUGUGUAAUGCAAGGUUUUGUGGUUACAAACGGAAGCCUGGUUCCAGCUACACACAUCGUAGCCUUCCAUAUAAAACUUCACUCCAGGACAGUAAUCUCAGACAAAAAUUACAACAGUUGUUUGAUCCAAUAAUAUAUAAUGCUGGUCACUAUAUAGAUCUUGGUUCGAGCCAACAAUGUGAGCACGCAAACAAAGAGGUCACACUAAGAGCACCUAAAAGUCAUCAAUAUGGAAACUCCAGUUGUAUUGAUUAUCUUGUCCAUGCAACAGCAGCAUUCAUAAAUGAAGGAAGGCAUUAUAUUUCUAAGAAGUUGUUGUUGUUCUUUACAUAUACCUGUUUGUUGGACCUAUUGACAUAGACUUCUGUGAAGUCCAGAAUGUAAUGGUUACUCAAUGUUGGGUCUUUCACCUGGGACUCAUACAGUUCGUCAUGCAGAGAAAUGUAUGAAACAGCGGGAAAAAAAGAGAGAAAAGGCAAAAUCCCCAUCCACCAAACUUAGACAAUUGUUGUUAAAACAGGAACGGGCCACUAAUCAGGGUGCAAAUGAGGCACUGGAAGGAGAUACAUAUCAGUCUGGUAUUGGUCAUGAAGAAACUGUCAAUGUCGAGAAAAUACCUGAUUCAAUUCCAAGGGGAAAUUUCAAGUCUGCCAAAUUCCAUGGAAAGCCAACUAUAAUAUCCUUUGACUUGGAAACAACUGGGCUAA